UUGAAAGCGUCAGUCCGUGUCAGUGAACCUAUCUGUUGGCUAUAUCAAUACGGACUGGACAGUGGUUUCUUCACAGCAGUGGUUUCUGACUUGAUGUCAUUUUUUUCAUCUUGUCGCUGCUGUUUUCUUGGGGAUCACCUUUAAUCUGAACAGGUGUAUUAGACUCAAGUGAUUAUGUGUGUUGAAAUGCAAGGCUGUCCCGUGACUAGACAAACUAUCUCCGUUAUCUAUAAACUGAGUGUGGAUUUAUACUCUUCACAUGUAUAACUAUUGUGUGUUUUCAAUGUCAUUUGAAGACCUUUUACAGCUUGGACAAGGUGUUCAUGUGUUACCAUCCUAGACAGAUGUAAAGACAAUCUUGUUAAAAUGUAUAGCCAUAUAUGAUUUUGUGCUCUCCUACAAAGAGUAGUCCAAAUUUCAACUCCAAAUCGCAAUUGGCUCAACAUGGCGACAAAUACAAGUUCCCUGGAAAUUACGACAGAGUCAACAUUUCCUGCCAAUACAUCGUCGAUGACCACUGUCCAAAGUCAAACAGAGGCUACAGACUUCCGAAACACUCCAACGUGGGACGAUGCUACAUGGAUUCUUACAAGCUCCUUUAUUAUAUUUACCAUGCAGUCAGGAUUUGGGCUCUUGGAGAGUGGAUUCGCUGGAUGUAAAAAUGAAGUUAACGUCAUGGCCAAAAACGUUGCGGACGUUAUUUUCGGAGGGAUAUCCUACUGGAUGUUUGGCUAUGGGUUUAGUUUUGGAACAGACCCGGGAACGAAUGCUUUUUGUGGUAUUGGACGUUUCUUUCUGAAUCCAGAUGACUCUGUAAUGGGCGAGGAGUACUCACGGUUCGUAUUUCAAGCGUCAUUUGCUACAACGGCCACGACAAUUGUUUCAGGAGCUUUGGCGGAAAGGACCAAAUUUACAGCGUACAUUAUAUUCUCCUUUCUCAACACCUUUGUGUAUUGCUUCCCGGCUCACUGGAUGUGGGCGGAGACAGGGUUCCUAAAGAACCUGAACGUCGUCGAUGUCGCGGGGGACGGGCCUGUUCAUUUGGUGGGUGGCAUCACGGCCUUAGUGGCGGCUGUUAUGAUUAAACCCAGAGUGAACAGAUUCACUAGCAAAGACAACCAUCGAAUGGGGAACCCAACCAAUGCUUUGUUAGGAACAUUCAUGCUGUGGUGGGGAUGGCUUGCCUUUAACUGUGGGAGCACAUAUGGCAUAAGUGAUGGGAAAUGGAAGAUCGCUGCCAGGAGUGCAGCCACUACGUUAAUGUCUGCCUCGGGUGGUGGAAUAACGGCAUUCAUCGCCAGUUACAUCGUCAAAAAGAGAGUUUUUGAAAUCGGCUACAUUGUGAAUGGAGUAUUGGGUGCCUUAGUGUCAAUAACCGCCAUCUGUGCCGUGACGGGCACAUGGGAAUCCAUUAUCAUUGGAUCAAUCGGUGCGUUGUUAGCCUGUGGGGCUGAGGCUCUGUUACACCGUUUGCACAUUGACGACCCAGUAUCAGCAUUUCCGGUUCAUGGCGUCUGUGGGGCGUGGGGUUUACUUGCACCUGGAUUCUUUGCACACGAGGACACAAUAACGAUGUCAUUCUCUAAGAUGAACGGCUUAGUUUGGGGCGGAGGGUUCUACCUCAUUGGAGUACAACUUCUGGCAGCAGUAACCCUCAUUGCGUGGUCUGCGCUAGUUUCAUUCUUCUUCCUCAAGAUCAUCGAUCUGACUGUGGGGCUGAGACUGACCCCAGAGGACGAACUGCUAGGAGCGGACUUCGUGGAACACAACAUCGGAAGCAACCGUCAGAUGAUCGAUGGGAAGAUGCCGGAGAGAGAAAACAGCCAGAAUAAAAUAGAGCCUAUGAAUCUUGAAAAUGGCGUCGAGGAGAGGAAAAAGGAAAACAACAAACCAUACUCAUCUCAAAUAUGUUUGAUAAGUUACACAGCCAACAACGAUAUGUGAUCGUAGGAAGGCUAAUGUUCCUGACUGACUGAUGUAACUGACAUGUUAUGUGUGCUGGCGAUUAGGUGCCGCACUCUCAGAGUGUGGGUUAUGUACUUUACUGAGAAAGUGUAAUUCAACGUACAGCAUAUGUUGCAUAUGACCACUUUCUAUACGGCAUUGUGUAUUCAUACAAAUGUCAUUGAAAGAGAAACGUGUUAUCAAAAAUGCAAUUUCAGUUUGGUGCUUGCGAUUUCUGAUUUUGAUGACGACGAUGAUGAUAAUGAUGAUGAUGAUGACGGUGGAGAAGAAGAAACUGUGAUAGCAAAAAGUAAUAGUUGGUGCGAACUUUUAUAUAUUUCCGAAGAAUAGUAAAAGCUCAAAUCGAAACGACAAACACGAAAGUUCAAUAUUUUUUUCGUUCCAACGACGUUAUUGGUACAACGUGAAUACAUGUAAGCAUUGUUAUAUACUGAACGGAUCAUGUUAGAUUCAGUGUGUGGUGGUGGCCAUCCACUGUUGGUAGUAUGCCCUAAGCACUUGACCACUUGUACUAUGUGCGCACACAAUAUUAUAGAGGUGAAUAGUUUACCUUUAACUGGUCAAAAUGCUUUUCACUUUAGAUGUACAUAGUGUUAGAAUUGUCACAAUGUGUGAACAUUCAUUGCUAUACAUUCAUCAUAAUUAACGUUCUCUCAGAUCAGAACCCUGCCUGAGUUGCUAACUGUUCUAACAAUAUCCCCGCUGUAUUACUGUGGUCUGUGGGUAAUCUAGCUAGACUGGGAUAUAAACAACCUCCACCGGUGUAGUAGGGGAUGUCACACCAUCAUCUACUAAAGGUUUUGUAGCCACAUAAUAAUUGCUCACUCAAAGCCUUUUCUUUUGUAUGUACAUUAGAAAGAUGCUUUCGCUGACAUGAUUAGGUAAAGCUUCAUUGCCAACUUAUACAAAACCAAUAUUAACAUCACAUGUUUUUUGUAAAAUUAACACUUGUAGAAGUUUUAAUUCGUUUCUCGGUCAUCUGAAACAAUGGAAUCUUGAUGAAAAAGGUACAUCAAGUUUCAUAUGAAUUACCAUUUUUGAAGUUGAAACUUUGUUUUCUAUCUAUGAUUGUUUGUUACGGUUUUAGUUAUUUUUAGUCCCAGGCACCAUAUGCUGGAAAUUUAGAACCUUUCUUAAAAUGGUUUUAAACCGAGAGAACGCACGAAAUUUCCUUGGUAAAUGUUAUUGUAUUCCACAAUUUGAUAGAGAGUCGUAUACACGAUAAUUCACACAUCUGAAAACUUUAUACGCCUCAGACGUAUAGCUUGCUAAACCAGAGACAAUUCCUUCUACACCAAGUUUGUAUGAUCUGUCUCCCUGCUGUUUCUGACAACCGUCCCUAACUUCAGAGGAAUAUUCAAUAUGUCAUGUUAUAAAAAUAGAUAUUGUGUAACAAUGUACGACUAAGCAUAAAUUCAAGCUUACUUCUUUCAUCUGUGAUGGAGUGUAAAUGAUUGAAUGAUCAUGGCAUGAUCACUUCCCUGAUGACAAUAUAACCACCACGGCGUUUGUGUGUUUUGACAUGUUCCGUGUGGUUAUAAUCAAAAAUAGUUCGAUG